AAUAGCAAGCUCGGGUCCAAUAUUAAGAUUCAACAGAAGUUCGUACUUAUUACUGAAUCAGCUAGCGAUCUUUGGACUACGACAGAGCAAUUUUAUUGAAAUAACUUUCAGAAACGAACAAAAUUACGGUCUAUUAUUUUUCAUUGGGAUGCUUCAAAAUGUUAUAGGAGACUAUGUAAUAAUGUCAUUAAAUGAUGGCUACUUAUGCUUGGUCUACAAUUUAGGAAGUGGCAUCUUCAGUUUGAAAAGUAAAUUUAGAAUGCAGCGCAAUAUUUGGCACACAGUGCACCUCAACCGAUCUCAAAAGUCUGUAGAAAUGGUGGUAGAUUCAGUCGACAGCACGUCAGUCACGUCUCCAGGAAGAUUCUUUGAACUGACUCUCGGUAAGGAUCAUGUUAUUUAUGUUGGCGGCCAUCCUGACAUCGAUUCCAUGCCUAGAGAAGUCAAUGUGGAUGAAGGUUUCCAAGGUUGCAUACGAAAUCUCAAAAUAGGGAAAGAAGAUAUUAAUUUAUCGCGGAGCCACGUUGAUGGCAGGAACGUGGCGAAAUGUUCGGACGUGUGCGCUGGGGAAGCCUGCAUGCGAGGUAGGUGCCUGGAGAAUGCAGACGGCUGGUUCUCAUGCCUCAGUGAUUCAACCACAAACUCCAAUGACUGAUUUCCAAAAUGAUUACUUACAUCAAAUUAAUUUUUAACGUUGAAUUGGUUUUUAUUCAGAAGUUUAAAAGUUUUAAAUGAUGUUUCUUUCUAGUUCCAUAAUUUUAAUGAUCAUAAAAUUCUAACUGUUGUGUUUCUAAAAAUGACCAAUUUUUAUUAUUUUAUCGAUUUUAAUUUCAUCUAAAUUUAUUUCUUAUUAAAUUUGAUUAAUAAAUAAAGGUUUGAAAUGGAA